AUGCCUGUGGCUUCCCGUCCGAUAGAAAGAAUAGCCAUGGACAUUGUUGGUCCCUUACCCAUUACUUUACAGGGAAAUAAAUACAUCUUAGUUAUCACUGAUUAUUUUACGAGGUGGCCCGAGGCUUAUCCUUUGAAAGACUUUACUUCUGAAUCUAUCAUAGAAAAACUGGAACAUUUUAUUUCGGCUCACGGUGUGCCUUUACAUGUAGUUACUGACAGGGGAUCGAAUUUUAUUUCACAUGCAAUAAAAGAAGUAUAUCAGAAAUUAGGCAUCACUAAGCACACCACCACCAGUUACCACCCGCAGUUUGACGGAGUCGUUGAACGCUUAAAUGCUACUCUAAUAAAUUCUCUCAGCCACCUUAAAGAGAUACAGAGGACACCAGAGAGAGAGACAGAGAGACAGGGAGAAAACAGAGCAGACAGAGAAAGAGAGAGAGAACAGAGUAGACAGAGACAGAGAGAGAGAAAUGAGAGGACACAGACAGAGAGAGAAGGAGAGAAGAGACAGAGAGAACAGAGGGGAAAAGAGGACAGAGAGAGACAGAGAGACAGAGCAGAGAGAGAGACGAGAACAGAGACAGAGAGAGAGAAGGAAAGAGAGAGAACAGGAGACAGAGAGAGAGACAGAGACAGAGGGAGAGAGAAAAUAGAGAAAGAAAUAGAGAGAUCCGAUAAAGAUGAGAAAGAAAGAGAGAGAGAGGAUAAGAGAGAAAGAACGGAGAGAGAGAGACCCUUCUUAAGACCGAGAAAGAAAGAGAGAGAGAAAGAGAGAAAGAAAGAGAGCGAGAGAAAGAGAGCCCAAGAAAGAGAGAAAGAAGAGAGA